ACAAUUUGAUUGGCGUCGUGUUCUCUGGUAGUCUGCUGCGGGACCAGGACAGACAGCUGAGGGGGGCCUGAAUGUCCAACCGGGACAGUCGCCGGACUACCGCGAAUUCACACGCACGAUUCAUCGGGUCUUCACAGUUGACUGAUGAGCAGCCAGUAGGACGGGGGUUGGGCUACAUCGACUGGCACAGAGGGCCAGCAGUGCCAGACAAGACGACUGGAGGACAGAAGACGUAGUUGCAGAACUGCUGGUGGUUUACUAGUGGUUAGCCGUAGCAUACUUGUGGCAUAAGGCGAUAGACGGAGGGCUUUGGCGAUGGUCACAGCUAUGGACGAUGCCUGUCCCAAUGGGGUACGAGAGGAGGAGGAGGAGUUGACGUCCCCGGGACAGCCUGGCGUGGAGGGGCCCCCGGUCCUGCAGUCCAGUCAGGAGCCAAAUACAUCUGGAGCCAUGCAGCAGGUGUUGGAUAACGUAGCCGAGCUUCCCACCUCGACGGGCGCCAAAGACAUCGACCUGCUCUUCCUGCGUGGCAUCAUGGAAAGUCCUGUGGCUCACGAGCAGCUGGAGGAGGUGAAGCUGGAGGCGGUGCAGGACAACAACGUGGAGCUUGUGACGGAAAUCCUGGGCGACAUCGGCAACCUCAAGGUGAAAGAUGACAGCGCGGCAGAACUGUCCAGGAUCCUCAAGGAGCCACACUUCCAGUCUCUUUUGGAGGCACAUGACAUGGUCGCCUCCAAGUGCUAUGAAGUCCCGCCCCCGACCGAGAUACCCAAUGAUGCAGCUGUGAACAGCGCUCUAAUGCAGGCUGAUGCCGUGCGCAUGAUUGGCAUCCGAAAGAAGGCCGGAGAGCCACUGGGUGUGACGUUUCGUGUGGAAAAGGAAGACCUGGUCAUUGCUCGAAUCCUCCACGGCGGCAUGAUCGACAGGCAGGGUCUGCUGCAUGUGGGCGACAUCAUAAAGGAAGUGAACGGGAAGGAUGUGGGCAACAACCCCACCGAGCUGCAGGAGAUGCUCAAAGAUUGCAGCGGAGGGAUCACACUGAAAAUACUCCCGAGCUACAGAGACGCUCCAGCACCUCCCCAGGUCUAUGUGCGGCCAUACUUUGACUACGAUCCGGCCAAUGACAACCUGAUCCCUUGCCGAGAGGCGGGAAUGGCCUUUAAGAGAGGCGACAUCCUUCAGAUUGUCAACAGAGAGGAUCCAAACUGGUGGCAGGCGUGCCAUGUGGUCGGAGGGGCUACAGGACUGAUCCCUAGUCAGUUCUUGGAAGAGAAAAGGAAAGCUUUUGUCCCUCGGGACUUUGAUGGAUCAGGGAUCCUUUGUGGAACUAUAAGUGGGAAAAAGAAGAAGAAGAUGAUGUACCUGACCGCUAAGAAUGCAGAGUUUGACAGACAUGAGCUGCAGAUCUAUGAGGAAGUCGCAAAAGUGCCAGCGUUCCAGAGAAAGACGCUUGUUCUGAUCGGCGCUCAGGGCGUGGGCCGACGCAGCCUUAAGAACCGGCUGAUGGUCCUCCAUCCCACACGCUUUGGCACCACCAUACCCUACACUUCCCGACGGCCCCGUGAUGAGGAGCUGGACGGCAACUCCUACCACUUCACCACCCGGACAGAGAUGGAGGCGGAUGUGAAGGCGGGGCGUUUUCUGGAGCACGGCGAGUAUGACGGCAACCUGUACGGCACCAAAAUCGAGUCCAUCCAUGAGGUGGUGGGAACUGGACGCACCUGCAUCCUAGACGUCAACCCACAAGCUCUGAAGGUGCUGAAAACAGCAGAGUUCAUGCCUUACGUGGUGUUCAUUGCAGCUCCAGAUUUUGAUACUCUUAAGGGCAUGCACAAAGCCGUAGUGGAUGCAGGCAUCACCACCAAGCAGCUCACGGACGUGGACCUGAGGAAGACUGUGGACGAGAGCGCCCGCAUCCAGAGGGCGUACAACCACUACUUUGACCUGACAAUAGUCAACGACAACCUGGACAAGGCGUUCGAGACGUUACAGGCGGCCGUGGACACACUGUGCAACGAGCCCCAGUGGGUCCCUGUGAACUGGGUUUACUGAUGACCAGCUGCGGUGCUCCCACUGACCACUCUGAGCGGGUCACAUGACCCACCAGCGUGUGUGUGUGUGUGUGUGUUUCCUACCACAAAGGCCAAAGAAGAGAAGAAGAAAUGCUAACUAAUAAAAAAAUUUAAAUAAAAAAAAAAAA